CUUCUUCCAACCCUCUCGCUUCUCCCUCCCCCAUCGCUAUCGUUCCCUUUAUCGCUCGAUAAGAGUUCAACUAAAUUAAUUCCUUCCUUUUUCUUUCAACAAUUAUCGAACGAGUUAUUACCCACCCGACUCCAUAGACGAAUUGCUCGCUGGUCGGGAUAACUUCAGGGUUCUACCCUUCGGUCGGCUUUGGUGUAGUCGCGCGCGUCUUUCCUCCCUUGAACCCCCUUGGACUCAGAACCACCUAAGUUCACCUCUCACGGCAACCACACAUAUUGCGCACUCGCGUCUUACAAACAACGUUUAGUUGCGAAUUUCUUUUCGAUUAUUGCUGGUCAUUUCGUGUUCGAUAUACUGUGCACACAUUGAACAGAUCCUGAGCUCUGGGUGAUUCGUGUCAGGCAUCUUUCACAAUGGCAACAACACCACCUCCACCGUCAACUUUACGUGUACCUCCAACUCCGCGACAUGGACCCGGAUAUGAGCAAUAUGAACCGUUCUCCACGCGGCAUUCAGCCAGGCUAGCUAGUCAACGCGCAUCAAAAAGGAGAGACGCAACUCCGCCGGGUUUUCCGCCAUCGCAGAGCUCCAGAAACACAAAGAAGCAACACCAGGAGCUUGGGGCAUUGUCGCCGCCUGGAUCUGUUCAUGGCUCCCCACGGAAGAAGAGUUCGGAUCGAGCCGGCAGUUUCCUAGCAGCGCAUUCACUGGAUGGCUCCUCUGGGCUAGGAGACCCAGAUCCUUUCAGCACUUCUGAGCCUUCCCACUCGAACCGCCAUUUACACUCAUUUCGCGCUACCAUGUCGCAGGGGAUGUUGCCAACACCUGCCAAAACGCCAAAGAAGAAAACAGUCGGUGAUGUUGGAACCACUGCACGGGUUCUCUUUCCCCAGCCCUCUGGACACGGCAAGAAGAGCAAGAAAUACGCCGGCUUCUCUCUGGAUAGCUUCGAAGACGAUGCUCAAGGAGGAUCUGAUAUCCAGAUCUACACCGACUCUCGUGACCGAAUUCCUGAGCCAGCUGAAAACGAAAACGAAGACAACCCGUUCUCCAAGAAGUCCACUAUAUCUACACGUGUGUCAAGGCGCAGGGCAGAGCAAAGCAAGCGUGAUAAAGAGGUUGACGAGUCUGUGAAACGCGACGAUGGCAUGACUUAUGUUUUCCGUGGCAAGAAAAUCUUCCGCAAGUUUGCCGAUUCUGUCGACAGUGAUGGAGAUGAUGCGGAGGAUGAUGAUGAUUUGGGCCUUCUCGCGGCUCGCCCUGACCUUCUAGAUGCAGAUAUUACUACACGUGUCCGACCCCUGACUCGCUCGUCGAUCAAGCCUCGUGUGCUCUUCCCCACGGCAAAUGACCGCGCGCCUCCGUCAAAUUAUGUUAGUGACAUCGACGAAGAAGCAGCUACUGACAUUGAGGACCAUGCACUCGUCCCCGAUGUGGCAGAAACCGCUGAUAAUCCUGUCGACAUUGAAAUGAAGCAACGGCCAGUUACUCCCCCGCCAAAUACUCUUGAGACCCCUCCCUCGCCUGGUGCUACGAUGCGUUCAUUGCGUCCACGGGCGAAGAGAGAUGAUCCGGAGCCCAGCAGAACCCCCACUGUCCCAGAGACCAAAAGGAAGCGUGUCAGUCCCUUUGAUGGUUGGCUGAGGAAGAAGCAGACCCCUGCCCCCACCGGCUCCAAGGCUAAGAAGAGGGACGCUGCUGAAACGGCUGGCAGCCCUGGUGGUCCAGCUACCAAGAAGACCAGGGGAAGCCGAGCUGCUGUCACAUCAUCAUGACCCAAUUCAUAAUCUCAGGUGCUCUUGGGUUUCUUUGUACCUCAGCUUUUGAGGCUGUUUGGUGGACUCUUUUGCUUUUUUUUCUCGAUACAAAUACUGGUUAUCCAGAUGUAUCGACGCUUCUUGAAUGCCAAUAUUUCAGAACUAGGAUUCUUUUUAAUUGUCUGGCUGCACUCAGUUUGCAUCUGUUCAUACAAUGAAGGUUUUGUUGGACCGCAGUCGAAAUGGGAUAUGGGAAUGGGUAAAUGGACAGGAUAGGUAUCUGGCUGGUAAGCACGUUACUGGAUGGAGUUUUUGUUUCUCGUGCUUCUUUUUGCUCCUUGUAUUUGAGCUCUUCACCCGAUAGCUUUAGUCUAGAUAUCCAAUGAACAACCAAUAUUAUGACUCCA